AUGCUUGCAAAUUCCAUCAAUGAAUUCAGCUAUGAUCCUGAAACUCGUCACACUUUCGAGGCGUUGUUCAAACGCUAGGAUUUGAAAUUAGACGAAGCGGUGGCACAAUUAUCAGAACUUGUUGGUGGGUCAGCUCCACUGUUCAGUAUCCGAUACGAGUGCCUGAAAAUUAUUAAACGGGAUGGAGAGGAUUAUGGCAUGCUUGCUGACAGAGUCAAUCGUGAGUGUGAACGUUUCAAACUUCGUUCAUUGACCGAUAACCAACUCAAGUGCCUCAUGUUCAUCAGAGCACUACAGAAUCUAGAAGAUGCUGACAUUCGUAUCCGUUUAUUAUCCAGGCUUGAUCAAGACCCGGAUAUGGACAUGAAGUCUCUUAUUACCGAAUGCAAACGUCUUCCCUCCUUGAAACAUGACACUGCUUUGGUCGAACAGAAGACUUCCAUAGCUGACGUUCAUGCAAUGCAUUGCCCAAAGAAUCAGCCACUGAUGAAAAACUUCAAAUCCGUGAAAAGUGCUACCAGUAAACCACCCUCUGCAUGCUGA